AUGGUUAUUACUUCAACUUCCUCCAAUGGAAACCCUACCCCAACGCUUGAGCAAGUUGAGCCCGUGAGCGACGAACCCCCUAUAGGUGGGCAACACCACCUUGAAGUUGGCGAGAAAAGUGUUUUUGAAGGCAGUGUUGGUGGAAGUACUCUAGCCCUCUCCCGAGAGGACCUCUGCAAGAACGCCCAUACCCUAGAGGUUGCCCAUCUUGCGACCCAUCUAGGGGUCGACAUCGAAAAUGGCCUUAGCAACAACGAAGCGGCAGUUCGCCUUGAGAAGGAUGGACCCAACAAGAUCGAGGAUACUGAAAGGAUUUCCAUGUUCCAGAUUCUCUUGAGACAAGUCUCCAACUCACUCACACUUGUUCUCCUGAUCACCAUGAUCUUAUCCUUCAGCCUCCACGAUUACAUUGAAGGCUCUGUCAUCUUGGCCGUCAUCCUACUCAAUAUCAUCGUCGGAUUUAUCCAAGAUUACCGUGCUGAACAGACAAUUCUAUCUCUUCAGGCGCUCUCCUCACCGGAAUGCAAAGUCCUCAGGGGUGGCCAGAUCCAGGUCAUCAGAGCCGAGACACUCGUCGUCGGCGAUGUGGUCUUAUUGGCCGCCGGCGCGAUGAUUCCGGCCGAUCUUCGAUUGUUCGACUCUGUAAAUCUAUCUACUGACGAGGCCCUACUUACUGGUGAAUCCAUGCCCACGUCCAAAUUUGCCAAUCAGACCUUGAAUCGUGCGGAUAUCCCUAUUGGCGACCGUGCCAACAUGGUGUACUCAGCUUCUAUGGUCAGUCGGGGAAGAGGAUCUGGGAUUGUCGUUGCAACGGCUAUGCUCACAGAAGUCGGGAAAAUUGCGGUCCUCCUACAGGACAAGAAAGCUUCUGCCUCGGAAGGCAAUGCCUUUACCCGUUUCUACAAUAAGAGCACUGCAGUCAUUAAGCAUGCCCUGGGCCUUGUUGGUAGUCCUCUCCAAAUAAAGUUGAGCAAAUUUGCACUCCUACUCUUCGGUUUGGCUAUUCUUCUGGCCAUCAUCGUCUUCUCUACCGCCAAAUGGGAUGUCUCUGAUGAAGUGCUUAUCUACGGUAUCUGCGUGGCUGUCGCGGUCAUUCCGGAGUCUCUCAUAGCUGUACUUACCCUGACCAUCGCUGUCGGCACCAAGGCAAUGGCUAAGAGCAACAUCAUUAUCCGCAGGCUUUCGUCCCUCGAAGCUGUAGGUGGCGUCUCAAACAUCUGCUCCGAUAAGACUGGAACCCUGACCCAAGGCAAAAUGAUUGUUAGGAGAGCCUUGGUCGCUGGAGCGGAGAUCUUGUCUGUCCAGAAUUCAAUCAAUCCUUUCGACCCCACCAGUGGCACCGUUGAACGGGAAGACGGAAGUAAAAUUUCGGAGGUUCAAAGUGGUGCAGUUCUGGACUUAUUCCUCGAUAUCGUCUCGCUUUGCAACCUCUCUACCGUUCAGAACCUCUCCAAAGCAACUACCGAAUCCGACCAGCCCGCAGCCACUGUUGGGCAGAGCGGCUGGACCGCAAUCGGUGAGCCCACCGAAAUUGCCCUACAAGUCUUUGCCAUGCGAUUCGAGCAUGGCAAGGCCGAAGCAAUCGCCAAGAAGCGUCGCACCAUGGUUGCAGAGUUUCCAUUUGAUUCGUCUAUCAAGCGCAUGACCAUGGCUUAUACUAAUCCCGAUGCCAACAUGGUCGACCUUUUCACCAAGGGUGCCACUGAAGCAAUCCUACCCAUCUCGACCUGCUCGGAGGAAGAGAAGGCACGCAUCAAUGUGGAUGCUGAGGCCAUGGCUGGACAAGGACUUCGCGUUCUCUGCCUUGCGCACAAGACGGUUCCUGCCAACGAUGAGAAGAUGUUAACAGACCGUAAUGCUGCCGAGUCAGAGCUACGCUUCGUGGGUUUGAUCGGCCUGUACGAUCCUCCCCGUGCCGAAACAGCAAAUGCUGUUCGUACUUGCCAGCGAGCUGGAAUCACUGUGCACAUGCUGACUGGAGACCACAUUCGUACCGCUGCUGCCAUCGCCCAGGAAGUCGGUAUUGUCGGCCGUGGGUUGAAUCCCGUGGAUUCCGCAGCGAGUGGAGAAGUCAUGCUGGCAUCGGACUUUGACAAGCUCUCGGAUGAGCAUCUCGAUCGACUCGAAAAGCUACCGUUGGUUGUCGCCCGAUGCUCGCCCACCACCAAGGUUCGCAUGGUCCAGGCCUUGCAUCGCAGACAGGCCUUCUGCAUUAUGACCGGUGAUGGCAUCAACGACUCUCCCGCUUUGAAGUUGGCUGAUAUUGGUAUUGCUAUGGGCCUGAACGGCAGUGAUGUCGCUAAGCAGGCCGCUGACAUGGUCCUGGCUGACGAUGACUUUGCAUCCAUUGUUCGCGCCAUUCAGGAAGGUCGUCGCCUGUUUGAUAAUAUUCAAAAGUUUCUGCUCCAUCUACUCACUUCCAACAUCGCCCAAGUGGUUCUCCUGAUCACUGCACUGGCAUUCCGGGACAGGACCAACAAAUCUGUGUUCCCGCUGUCGCCCUUGGAAAUUCUUUGGGCCAAUCUAGUAACUUCGUCACCACUCGCCCUUGGUCUUGGCCUCGAGCCAGCCGUACUGGAUAUCAUGGACCGCCCACCACGGGACAUGAAGGUCGGUGUUUUCACCAAAUCCCUUAUCAUCGAUAAGAUGGUCUACGGUAUCACGAUGGGUUCCCUUUGCUUGGUCGCUUUCGUCAGCGUCGUGUACGGCUUUGGCAGGGGGCAAAGCUCUUUGGGUGAAGACUGUAAUCAGGACUAUAAUGGGACAUGCGACCGCGUCUUCCAAGCGCGUGCUACCGUCUUCGCUGUGCUGUCAUUCACCCUUCUCGCCACUGCCUGGGAGGUUAAGGACUUCAAUGCCUCCCUGUUUAAUAUGGGCCUGAUCGGUGUGGAGCGAGAUCCAGACUCUCACCGUUCCACCAUCUUCUCUAUUUUCCCCGCCGUCUACCAGAACAAGUUCCUCUUUUGGGCUGUUGUUUCCGGUUUCUGUCUGGUUUUUCCAUUGGUCUAUAUCCCUAAGAUCAACACCCUCGUCUUCAAGCACCAGGGCAUCACCUACGAAUGGGGUAUCGUCGUUGGAUGCCUGAUCGUGUAUGUUGCUGUCAUUGAGAGUUGGAAGGCUAUCAAGAGAUACAGAUUGAGAAAGACCCAACGCGCUAACAACGAGAGCGGGAAAUCAACACCUGCCGAUGGAAGCUCGAUCGUCUAA